AUGCUAAUCGCAGUCGCUCUCGCCGCCUCCCAUUGGUCCGGAGUGCCAGUCAAUUUCUCAUUUGGACCUGACCUCGGGCAGCUCGUCGGCUUGGCCUCCCCCUCCCUCCUUUGCUCUCUGCCUCGUCUUUCCCCAGGACUUCGCUAUUUUGCUUUUUUCUUUAAAAAAAAAAAAAAAAGGGCAAGAAAGAACUCAACUCCCCCCUCCCUCUCCUCCAGCCGGGCUGCACCUCUGCCUUGCACUUUGCACGGAGGGAGAGAGCGCGCGCGAGAGGGAGAGAGAGGAAAGAAAAAAAAUAAUAAAAGAGAGCCACGCAGAAGAGGAGGCGAGAAGCAUGAAGUGUUAACUCCCCCGUGCCAAGGCCCGCGCCGCCCGGACUGCCGCCUGCCGCGCCUCCAGCCCCGAGCGGCCGCCGCGCGCGCCCCGCCUGCAGCCCGGGCCGGCGAGGCGAGCCCUUCCUUAUGCAAAGCGCGCAGCGGAGCGGCGAGCGGGGGACGCCGCGCACCGGGCCGGGCUCCUCCAGCUUCGCCGCUGCUGCCGCCGCCGCCGCCGCCGCCGCCGCCGCCGCCCGCGGAGGACCUUCCCGAGCCUGAAGUCGCCGGCUCGGCGCGCACGGAGGCGAGCGAGCGAGCGAGCAAGGAGGGGCCGGGGCGAGCGAGCGAGCACAUUGGCGUGAGCAGGGGGAGGGAGGGCGGGCGCGGGGGGCGCGGGCAGGGCGGGGGGUUGUGAGCGCGCUCCGAGGUUUCGGGCCAGC